CGUUAACUUACUUGUGAUUGAACCGUUAAAUUGUAAACUAAUAUACGUUGCGAUGGGUUCAACUAGAGGUGUACAAGAUACCAAGGGGAAAUAAAGAUGGCAUUAAUCUACACGAUUGCGUCUCUGUUAUUUGUGCCUGCUAGCCUUGCAGACGGUGCAUUUGAAAUAUUACUUCCUAAGAAUACGAGUUUAUGGGUUGCAAACGGAAAGGCUAGACGGGUCGUCAUCGCAUCUGAUCAGGGGGAGAUCGACACCUGGAGUAUGGAAGUAACAGACAGCAAAGGUCACACUGCUCAUGCGUACCCAUCUGAUAUCAUAUUUCCUCAAAAAACUGGAGGAAAAUCAGUUUACGAAAAGCACGUACUCGUGCCUGAGACCUUGAAAAGUGGCGAAUACAAGUUGAAAAUUUGUGGAUCGCUUAAGGGUGGCCGGAAACUGUGUCAAAAGUCAGAUACGUUUUACAUCGAAGGCGAUCAAGUGGAAUCUUUGCACAACAUAGAUGACCUUCAGCCGCACGAAAAGAGAUUUAUAUCCAGACUACGCGCUUUUGAAGAUUAUCUCAGGAAACUGGAUGUGGAGGACAUUUGGCCAAUACACGAAACGCACUGUACCAUUCCAAAGAUACAUAAACCCAGCAAAGAAGAGUUCACUGAGAAAUGCAUGAAACCAGGUCAAGCUUGUAUAAUAACGGGGAUGAUGGACAACUGGAAAGCCAUGAACAAGUGGCUGUUUGAGACAUUCCAGCAUGACCCUCGCAUAGAGGACGGCGUUUAUGUUGGUCAGAGGCUAACCCCAGUGCCACUAACAAACUACGUGAAGUAUCUGAAGGAGAGAGCCGCCAAUGAGACUGCACCAUGGGUUAUAUUUAUGUCAGAUGUGUUUGAUCUGUACCCUGAGCUGCGAGAGGACUACAUCAUCCCAGACUUCUUCGCGGAGUCAGAUGACUUCAUGAACAAUGUGGAGGAAGAGCUUCGCCUUGACUGGCGGUGGAUUAUCAUGGCUGCCAAACGGAGCGGCUCAGGAUGGCACGUAGACCCUGCCAAUACAACCGGCUGGCUAGCUCUGGUACAAGGGGCUAAAUUAUGGGGCAUGUACCCUCCCUCCGUCUAUCACAUUCCAGGUGUGAAGAACAAUUAUUACCAAAAAAGAGACUACGACAUGGAGGAUGCGUUUUACUGGUGGAUUUACACCCGACCGUAUUUGAAGAGCAACUUACCAAUAGAGUGCGUGCAGAAACCAGGUGAUAUUGUGUUUAUACCGACCGGAUGGUGGCAUAGUGUUGUCAAUCUGGAUGACACUGUUAGCGUUACGCAGAAUUUUUGUAACAAAUAUAGUCUGAGAAACUGCCUCACUGAACUUAGGGAGCAGGCAGACAGUGAUGGAGGCUUUAUUGGCAGAACAUUCGAACAACUCAGGGAGUUAUACGCCCAGAAAUAUCCACAAUAUUUUCAACAGGAAGAUCUAGAUUUUGAAGCACCUGUCAAAGGAGAUGGACUCACUGAAGAGGACGAAAAGUCCAGAAGACUGCAGGCCUUGAAAGACUUCCUUUCAGGGAGUACUAAAACUAUUGUUUGAGACGAAAUUGGGUUUCUGAGGGAAACAACAGUUUAUUCUUCACCUGUUAGAGUAUUUCCAAUAUAUCUGUAAAUUCGUUCUAAAAAAACACUUCUAAAUUUUUAGUAAAAAUCGCUUGACAUCGUGUUACUUUUGAUGUCAUAUCCUGUUACGGGUGCAAAAUAUAAUUGUAUUCCACUGAACUUUGGAAAAAUGCUCAUGGGUUGUAAUUGUAUUUGGAAGAUUACAGGUGCUGAUACUAAAUCUUUUGAAGAAAUUGGCGAAAAACCUGAGCAUGACAACCUGAAUAAGGUUGACAUAAAUUUUCUCAGUCCUUUUGCACGAUAUAUCAAAGUUCACAAAGCAGCCAUGUCUGAAUUUCCACCUGGUUGCUUCGUGAAAUUUCGUAGUCUAGAUCCUAUAAAAAAGAACUGGCUCCAUGAUAUGUUGAAGACGUUGCGUCAUUCCUCGCCUGGGUUAAAAUUUAGGAACUCUUAACAACUGAAGUAUAAGUUUUGAGCAUACUGAAUGCAAUGCUGGUCUGACAUUUGUAAAUUAAAUGUGGGGGCGAACGGAAAGGGAUGUAAAUGACUUGCUAUGAGCGCUUCCACCUUUACUAUUUCAACAAUGUUUUUCUUUUUAAGAAAGUUCGGCUGUUUAAUAUUGGCAGGUGUUUCAAGAGCAGUGGAUGAAAAACUCACGAAAUCAAACAAAACUUUACAGAUUAUCAAAAAGAUAAGAGCUUCAUUUGACAGUUGGCAACAAUGUACAACAAAUGGCCAUCUGUUGUUUCUCGU